AUGGGGUGGUGGGAUGGGGUGGUGGGAUGGGAUGGUGGGAUGGGGUGGUGGGGUGGGGUGGUGGGAUGGGGUGGUGGGAUGGGGUGGUGGGAUGGGGUGGUGGUGAUGGGGUGGUGGGAUGGGGUGGUGGGAUGGGGUGGUGGUGAUGGGGUGGUGGGAUGGGGUGGUGGGAUGGGGUGGUGGGAUGGGGUGGUGGGAUGGGGUGGUGGGAUGGGGUGGUGGGAUGGGGUGGUGGGAUGGGGUGGUGGGAUGGGGUGGUGGGAUGGGGUGGUGGGAUGGGGUGGCAUCGUGCUGACCAACGAUGGCAACGCCAUUCUGAGAGAGAUCGACGUCACGCACCCGGCUGCCAAGAUGCAUCUCCUCCCAAGCACCGGCCUCUCGACUCCUUUCCCUCGCCAGAUACAUCCCCUCCUCUCGCUGCGCCUUUCCCUUGCUAUUCACUCCACUCUGCAAGCCCGCUCAGCCGCCCCGGACAUGCCCUUCCUCUCACCCCUCACCUAUCCACUCUUCCAUUCCCUCCGUUUGUUUGAUGCCCGGCAUGCCACGUGUCACCACUGCGUGCUGCCAGCUGGCGAGAUGCUCCACGUGGCAGAGCCCUUCUUGGAGAAGGGCUUUCACCCCACCGUUAUCUGCAGAGCGUACACCAAGGCGUUGGACGAUGCCAUAGCGGUGAUCGACAAGGUGGCAUUCAAGAUCGACGUCAACAACAGGAAGCAGAUGCUGAGCAUACUGCAGAGCUGCAUCGGCACCAAGUUCACCACCCGCUUCGGCCCCCUCAUGGCUGAGCUAGCACUUGACGCGGUGCAAACGGUGGCAGUGGAGGUGGGCGGGCGCAAGGAGAUUGACAUCAAGCAGUACGCCAAGGUGGAGAAGGUGCCGGGCGGUCGGAUAGAGGACAGUGCGGUGCUGCGCGGUGUGAUGUUCAACAAGGACGUGGUGACUCCCGGCAAGAUGCGGCGCCGCAUUGAGAACCCGCGGGUCGUGCUGCUGGACUCGCCCCUGGAGUACAAGAAAGGGGAGAACCAGACGAACGUGGAACUGCUGAAAGAAGAGGACUGGGAGCAGCUGUUGAAAGAUGGAGGAGUACAUAGCAGCUCUGUGUCGCCACCUCCUCUCCCACACGCGCUCACUGCCCCUCGUGUGCUCUGUUCUUGCCCUCUCUACCACCGCUUUUCCACAUGGCAGGGAGCAGCUGUUGAAGAUGGAGGAGGAGUACAUAGCGGGUUUGUGUCGCCACAUAGCGGCAUUCAAGCCGGACCUCGUCAUCACAGAGAAGGGCCUCAGCGACCUCCACCUCCUCUCCCACACGCCCUCACUGCCCCUCAUGUCCCUUGUCCGUGCCCUCUCUGCCCGCUCUGCCCUCUCUGCCCUCUCCCCACAUGUGCAUACAUGCGCCAAUGUGUCUCUGAAUCUGCCAGGGAGCAGCUGUUGAAGAUGGAGGAGGAGUACAUAGCGGGUCUGUGUCGCCACAUAGCAGCAUUCAAGCCCGACCUCGUCAUCACGGAGAAGGGCCUCAGCGACCUCGCUGCGCACUACCUCUCCAAGUCACUCCAGAGCCAGCAUCGACUCUCCUCCCCCCCCAUCUUCCCCUCCCGUCUUCCAUAUCCCACCAUUCAGGAUCAGCAUCCGCCCCGCUUCCCCUUUCCCGUUCUCCCUUUCCCCUCCCUCUUUCCCCCACCCAGAGCCGGCAUCGCAGCCAUCAGGAGGCUCCGUAAAACUGAUAACAACCGCAUAGCUCGUGCGGUAGGAGCUACCAUUGUGAACCGAGUGGAGGAGCUGCAGGAGAGCGACGUGGGGAUGGGCGCGGGGCUAGCCGGCAUCGCAGCCAUUCGUCGCCUCCGUAAAACCGACAACAACCGCAUCGCUCGUGCGGUGGGCGCUACGAUUGUGAACCGAGUGGAGGAGCUGCAGGAGAGCGACGUGGGGACGGGCGCGGGGCUGUUUGAGGUGCGCAAGAUCGGCGACGAGUUCUUCGCCUUCCUCGUGGAGUGCAAAGAGCCCAAGGCGUGCACCGUGCUGCUGCGGGGGGCCAGCAAGGACAUUCUGAACGAGAUGGAGCGGAACCUGCAGGUGAGGGAGGGAUGGGAAUGGGUGGAGAGGGGUCAAUCAGGUGAGGUGAGCAGUGAGAAUGGGUGGAGCGAGGUGAAGGGAAUGCAGCUGUGGGGAAGGUGCAAGCAGCCCAAGGCGUGCACGGUGCUGCUGAGGGGGCCGAGCAAGGACAACAUUAGACGCCAUGGGAGUGCCGCGCAAUGUGGGGGUGGACCCUCGCCUUGUGCUGGGGGGGAAGACGCCAUGGGAGUGGCGCGCAAUGUGGUGGUGGACCCUCGCCUCGUGCCGGGUGGCGGUGCCGUGGAGAUGACCGUGUCGGCUGCUCUCAAGGACAAGGCUGGCACCGUGGCAGGCAUUGAGCAGUGGCCGUACCGUGCAGUGGCGUCGGCGUUUGAGGUCAUCCCGCGCACGCUAGCACAGAACUGCGGAGUCAGCGUGAUCCGCACCGUCACUGCUCUGCAGGCCAAGCACGCACAAGGCGCCAACACGUCCAUAGGCAUUGACGGCGACACGGGCGCCCUCACUGACAUGAAGGAGCUCGGGGUGUGGCAGCAGACAGGGAAAUUGCUGAUGUGGUGUGUGUGCUAUUUGCCCUUUCACUCCUUCCACUCACUCACAACCAGCCUCUCCAACCUCCUGCCUCCCGCCUCUCUGUUCGUUCUCUGCCUGCCAGGUGUGGGAGCCGUACGCAGUGAAGGUGCAGACGGUCAAGACGGCCAUCGAGGCGGCGUGCAUGCUGCAUACCCUUGCAUGCAUUCCCCUCAUCCCCCCUCCCGCCCCUCCCCCCCCUACCCCGGGCUGCCAAGUGUGUGGGAGCUGUAUGCAGUGAAGGUGCAGACGGUCAAAACAGCGAUCGAGGCGGCGUGCAUGCUGCAUACCCUUGCAUGCCUUUCUCUCAUCCCCUCCCUGCAUCCCUGCCUCCUUUGGCCCUGCCAGGUGUGGGAGCCGUAUGCAGUGAAGGUGCAGACAGUGAAGACGGCGAUCGAGGCGGCGUGCAUGCUGCUGCGCAUCGAUGACAUCGUCAGCGGGCUCAAGAAGAAGCAGGCGAGCGGCGCACCGGGAGGGGGCAAGCCGCAGAUGGACACGGGCGAUGACGUUGACUCCGAGCAGAUGCUGGCCGAGUGA